CGCAUCGAAGCCCAGAGACUGUUGUUCACGGUCUUCAAAAAAAACCCAGACACACACCGGCAUGGAAACGUUGGCAGGCGGAUUUAGAGGCACCGAGCGGGCUGGUGCGCAGGUUUAACCGUCCCUCGGUACUUUUUGUGACCGAGCAGCAACGUGAAACAAGGUGCGGAGACGUGAGUGUUUUACGCACUGGCCACGCAGCAUGCCCGAGUUGGAAUAGAGGCGACCCUGCUGGAGCGCAACGCGCACGCGGAACGGCGCUGAGAGCCGGGAGGGAUAUUUACAAUAGAAACUGAAAUCCGUUGCGGAGAAGAAUAGCAAAGGGGGAGGAGGAGUGAAAGAUAACACUGGAAUGAAGUGGACCUCGGGAUUCCCAGCGUGCUGCGGAGUUGUGACUGAUGGAUGAAUGUGGUCAUCUGUAGGCUAUAAACAGCGACAGGUACAGACACCAUCAGGGCAGCUUUGACAAAGACUCGGCGCAGCGCUUCAUCGGCAGCCCCGCUCCGCCAACAUUUGUGGCUCCAAAAACUGUGCGAUCGCUUAGAUCUGUUUCAGCACACAUGAGAUCGUAUCCUUGAGUUGUCUCUGCUGAGUAAUAAGGUCGCGAGAGCUGUUUCUGUCUCAGCUACAGGUCAACCAGGACACUCGGGGGGCUGCUUCCCUCCCCAGAUCCCAUCAAGAACCGGGGGCUUCUUCGCACGUCCUGCGGACAGUUCAGUCAAGGACACGGGGGGCCUGAAGAAGAUUUUUAAGAAGUCGGACAGAAGGACAUGUAUCUGAUAUCGACCUCACAUGCUCCUGACUGAUCGUAGCUCACCUUCCCACCGGGCGAACCACACAUAGAGGCUGCCAGGCGCACUGUCCGACCCUCUCUGAGUUAUCGUCUCACUGUCUGUACAAAAAGCAGAAUGGCGGGACUCGGCUGUUGGAAGUAUUAUCUCUGGAUCUUUAUUUUAAUGUGCAGGUCGGCGUUACCUUCUGCCAAAUCGCUGGAGACUAUAAUUUGGAGCUCGCAGAAUUCCAAGUUUCUGGCUGGAAAGGGCCUAAUAAUCUACCCCGACAUCGGGGACAAACUGGACAUCAUCUGUCCCAAGGCAGACCAGGGCAGAGACUAUGAGUUCUUCAAACUGUAUCUGGUGAAAAGGGAGCAGGCAGAGAGCUGCAGUACAGUCCUGGAUCCUAAUGUCUUGGUCAACUGUAACAAGCCAGAGAAGGACAUCAAGUUCACCAUCAAAUUCCAGGAGUUCAGCCCGAACUACAUGGGCCUGGAGUUCAAGAGGAACGUCAACUACUACAUCACCUCAACCUCCAACGGUACGGUCGAGGGCCUGGAGAACCGGGAGGGAGGCGUGUGCAAGAGCCGAGCCAUGAAAGUCAUCAUGAAAGUCGGACAAGUCCCAAACGCAAACCCUGCAGAGCCGGAGCCUCCAGAAGACAAUGCCAUACCGGAGUCCAGUCCCAGUCCGCCUGACCAGGAUCGAAUUGGACCUGCGAUGCCAGGAAACCCUGACCACAUGAAUCAGGACCAGUCUGGUUCCUCCGCGAGCUCGGACGGCAUCCUCGGCUCCAAAGUGGCUGUGUUUUCCUUCAUCGGUGCCGGCUGCAUCAUCUUCCUCCUUCUCAUCCUCCUCCUCGUCAUCCUGCUCAUCAAGAUGCGCAAGCGCUCGAGGAAAAAUGCCCACUCGCAGCCCCGCCCCUCAGCGCUGUCACUCAGCACGCUGUCCAACCCCAAGAUGCCCGGGGGCACGGCUGGCACGGAGCCCAGUGACAUCAUCAUUCCGCUGCGGACAGAGAACAACUACUGCCCUCACUAUGAGAAGGUGAGCGGCGACUAUGGCCACCCUGUCUACAUUGUCCAGGAGAUGCCCCCGCAGAGCCCUGCCAACAUUUACUACAAAGUCUGACAUGCUCCGCACAGCCAGCCACCCCGUCAGGAGAGAGGAUGAGAGGAGCGCUUUGAUUUAUGUUCUCGGGAAGGACACUUUCCUUGCAUUUUUAUUGGACUUGAAGCUUCUUCGAGCCCUUGUUAUUUCUACCACCUGCUGCACAAAUCUGGAGAGACACGCACUGACCAGUAACCAGCGGGGUUGUGAGCUGACUGUUGAGAGAGGUUUAUUCUGUUUGUUUGAGUUGUUUGACAAUCCCCCACCCCACCCCUCCUCCUCCUCCUCCCCCUCACUUCCCACCUUCUACACCUCCUCAACGCGCUCUGAAAGGGGGGGCGGGGCUGAAUUGAACCAACAGAUGGAACUCGAGCUUCCUGGUUCACUGUCCCCCUAUAACGGGCAGGAUAUAACUUAUCUCAGUUCCCUGAAGUACAGUCUGUGCUACACCCAAUUAAACACACCAUCAGAGCACACUAAAGCCAGGAGCAGGCAGACACAGGCCCCAAAUGCCACUCAGCCUGCAGUUUGUGUGCGAGUAUAAAAUGUGUGUGUGUGUGUGUGUGUGUGUGUGUUAGUCAGGGCUCCGUGCUGGGGCCAGGGAACUCUCCAGAUAGCUCAGGUAUCAGACACAGUGUGUGAAAUGACGUGUUCCUCUCCCUUCGCACCUCUGAUGUUUGCCUUACUUACUAUUUUUGAUGGAGGAUUUCCUCGAACCCUGAUUCAGUUCACAAAGCAGUUGUAUUUUGUUAGACUUUUCCUACAAGUGCACAAUGUAUAGAGUUGAAUAGAUCAUCACUAUUACUCCAUCUUUCACCACCCAUGUCAUCCUUCUUCUUUUUUUUUUCCUUCCUGAUCACGUACCUUGACCUGGACUGUUGAUAUCUAGGUGUGUAUGUGUAUGUGUGUUUGCUUGGAGUUCUCCCUUCUCCUCUGGUCUGAUAUGAGCUUUACCAUUACUCUGGUAUUUAUGACUUGUGUGUAUUUCAGGGUGCGCCCUCUGUGAGUGUGUGUGGGCAUGUCAGGACUAGUUUGUAUCUGGGCAGACUUAUUAGCUUAGGGGUAGAACUCUAAGUUAGCGUAUCGCUGCAAAAAACAGGACAGACUGACAUGCUGACAGGCAGACAAGCCCCAGAUCUUACAACACCCUUCCAGUGUCCCAGUUGGCACCCAUCAAUGGUUUUUAUGUGUCUGAUGAGCUUUCUGUGAGCUGGUUAUUUAAGACAGCAGGCAGGUUAAAAAAAUGUGUUUGUUCUGGCUUCUGGUGCUAUGGUGUUAGCAUCAAACAGUUAGCCUGGUGCCUGCUGCCUGGGCGAGGUGGGCGUAGGUUGGUUUCUGAUUGGCUGGCCUACAUAGGUAGGAUGCCCUAAAUAUAAGUUGGAUGGCGAGAGCUACGGGUGGGUUACAGUAUUGUCAGAUGCCAAUUGGCCGCCAUCUGUAGAUGACUCGGUGGAGUGCGCAGUCGUGGCUUCGUCAGCGUGUGACUAAUCUAUGUGCCAUCUCAGUGCCCACACUCACCAGCCGGAGAGAGAGAGAGAGAGAGAGAGAGAGCGAGAAAAUGUUCCUGUGACUUUAACCUGAGAGGAAGAUGGUGGUGUUGAUGGGGGGUAAGAGGGGGGUGAUGGGUGAUGUGUUGGGCAGUGGUAGUUAAGCAUUAAUUUCCCAUCCUCUCACCAGUUGUGCUGUGAAUAAAAAAUGCUGUGCAGGAUAUUCCACAGUCAAGGUGUUCAGCCAGCGAAGAGGACACUGCAGCUCAGCUAUCACACAGCCCAGGGCAGCAGCAGCACCGACACAGGAUUUACAGCAGUUUGGUGUGUGCGCAUGUGUGUGUAUGCCAAAGCUGGCUUUCAGGUGCUGAUGGUGUUCAAAUCUGUCUGUGUGCACAUGUUGGUACAUUUGUGCUUAUAUUUGCAACUUUUUUUUCUGUGUGUGUCUGUCUGUGUCUGUGUGUGUGUGUGUGUGUGUUUGUGAAUGCUUCUGUGGUCGGGCAGACAAACAGUCUUGUUUUGGGAUUGGAUCGAGGUGCUCCAAACAGUGUGGCUGCCAAAGUACGGAGCGCCGCAGUCCCAGUUAAUGAUGUGUGAGAGGAGAGGGGGAGCAGAUAAGGACAGCUAUUCCUCAGCACACACACAGACACGAGCUGACGUUUGACGCACAUGUGCACACACACACACACACACACACACAAACACACACACACACACACACACACACACACAGACACAGACACACCGAGACUGACGGGUCCAGGUUUUUAUCUCCAGUCAAACGGUCAGACUGCCAGUCGAUGUUUUUUCUCACCGGCAGACACCUAUCAUCCGCUGCCACAUACUAUUGCCAUCCACGGAGACACACACUGCUGAGUUAAAAGGCGGCCCCAGCUUGAAGACUCGGGGAAGACUCCAGUGGCUUUUGCGUGUCGUUAACCUUUAGAGUUAACAGCCUAAACAGCUGCUCGUGCUUUUGUGGUCCUGUGUUUUAACUCAGCAUGCAGCCCUCAGCGGCCCUCUGUGAAACACAUCUACAUCAAAUGUUUUUGUUUCGGAUCGGUGCGCAUCCAUUCACCUACACCAGCCAAGGGAGUCAUUACCAAAUUACCACCAACCAUAUCUCAUUUUUAUUCAUUCUUGUGACCACUUAAUGUUAUUCAAUUUUUUUUUUUAGAAGAAAAAAUUAAAAUGAGAGAAAUGUAAAUAUAUGGAUAGAGCCCGAUUUAAAGAUGUAAUUUCACCUGAACACUGCUCAUAAGAAAAAUUUAAGAAUAGAUUUUUGUAAUGGAGGAUGUUUGUAAAUAGCUGUCUUUUUAAAGUGUGUUUUGUAUGACUCCUUGCAUUUUUUUGUCUCUGUUUGCAAUAUGUUUUUAUUUUCUUUUUUCUUUUAGAGUUAAACUAAAUAUUGCAACGGACACAUGAGCUGUCUUUUUUUUCUCGCAGCGUCCAGUAUUGUCAAAAAAAAAAAAAAAGUCUUUGUUACCACACGUGUUUAAAUAAAUGGGGUUCAGAGUUUUUACAUCGCCAUUCAACAGGAUUUCUAGUUGCUCAGAAUCUGUUCAGGACUGAAGCUUUGUCAGAGCACAGCUUUGAAAUGGAUAGGUGAUUGAAACUAUGAAUGAUAAGACCACUUCCCUGUUGGAGACAGCACUUAACUCUGCAUAUAAAGACUGUGUUAUUCCACUGCCUUUGAGUUACCUACACCCUCCACUCCAUUAUUAGACGCAACAAAAACAUUUUGGUCCAGAAAGAUUAAUCUUUUCUCGGUUUUAAUAAGUCUAUCGGGCUAGACGGAGAGAGGGAGAGAGAAAAGAGCCCGCGAAUGAGAGUGUGACCGUUCUGCGCUCGCCAAUAAAUCAUCCGGUUUACACCACUCAUUAUCUCCCAGGCGGUCCUUUGUUUUAAAGUUGCUCUCUCCCUCCUUUCCUAAUUUAGCUCAAAGAGCUUUGCUCAUGGUAUUGAGCCUCACUGUAGGUUGAUUUCUGCUAUUGUUCAAAGCCACAGUAUUAUUUUUCAAUGUGCAUGUGUAAGCAAAACCUGUUGAAUUUGUUUCCCUUUGUUUGAAUCAUAACUUGUCAAGUUUUUUUUUUUCGUUUUCUUUUUGCCACUCACUUUCUCGCCGCUUCUCAGCGUAACCUAUUGGCACCAGCUACAAUGGAAAUAACGUUCCACCAGUUUGGAAACUACCGCAUAUUGAUAAAUAAAAUUUUUCCCAUGGAAUCUG